CUCGGCGGGUGCGCGGAGAAAAGGGGCGGGGUGGUCCGAGCUGCUGUGCUGGCAGCAGUAGGCGAGGGCGCGGCUGCGGGGUUCCUGGUGCUGAGCACGGACGCCAUUGGAGCCCCAGGGAAGAGAUAACUACCCGCCACUGGGUCCUGCCCCUUGCCCCUGAGGCAGAGCUAUCGGCUCCUUGGGACCCACAGCAUGGCUGAGGGAAGCUACAGUGUGCAAUCUGCAAACUCCAGUGUCGAAGACAUGGAUGAGGGGAGCCACCAAGUCAGGGAGGAAGAGAUGGUUGGAGGCAACGACUAUGAAGAGUUCGGUGCUUUUGGUGGCUAUGGCACCCUCACCAGCUUUGACAUCCAUCUGCUCAGAGCUUUUGACACCUUGGGUUCCGGCUUUCACAUCUUAUCUAAUGAGCCCUGGGAACUGGAAAACCCUGUGCUGGCCCAGACCCUGGUGGAGGCAUUGCAGCUGGAUCCGGACACCCUCGCCAAUGAGACGGAGGCCCGUGCCGCCAAUGUGGCCCGCUCUGCUGCCUCCAACCGAGCUGCUCGGGCCGCUGCCACUGCUGCCCGUAGGUCCUUCACUCAGGUGGUGGCUAACCACCUGAUCCCCCCACUGCCAGCCACAGGAGACAGUGCCCAGCCUAUGACCUAUGCCGAGGCUCAGGGGGCCACCCCUGAGGCAAUCCUGGCCUCACCACAGACGUCCCAGGUGUCAGUCGCCAGUGAGAUGGCCGCCCCUGGAGCUCCAACAAUCUCCACACAGUCCCAGACGGCCACCCCGGACCACCAGGCUGCCGCCGAGGGUCCUGGUACUGCCUGUGCUGAGGGUCCUGGUACUGCCUGUGCUUUCUGUCCGGCUCCAAGUGCCAGUGAGACGGAUGCCACCCGGCCCCAGGCAGCCUUCCUGGGCCAGAACGAUGUCUUUGAUUUCACUCAGCCAGCAGGUGUCAGUGGCACGGCUUUCACGCGCCCCAAGAGACCUGCCCCAGCCCAAGAGGCUGCCACAGAGGCCCCCAGUGCUGCCUCUGGCAUGUCCCAGGCAGUGCCUGCCAAGGAAGUGGCAGCCACCCGACCCAAGACCACCAAGUCUGGGAAGGCUGUGGCCAAGACUCGGUGGGUGGAGCCUCCGAAUGUUGGGGCCACAGCUGCUGCCAACACCAAGAUGGCCACAAGCAUCCCUGAGCCUGAGGGGGCAGCUGCCACUGCUCAGCACAGUGGUGAGCCCUGGGCCAGGAUGGGAGGCAAGAGGACGAAGAAGUCCAAACACCUGGAUGACGAAUAUGAGAGCAGCGAGGAGGAGAGAGAGCCUCCUGCAGUCCCAGCAACCUGGAGAACAUCGCAGCAGCCCCCAGUGACAGCCCGGGCUCAGGUGGCCCCUCGGCCCCCGAUGCCCCUGAGGUCCCAGAUACCCUCGAGGCACGUGUUGUGCUUGCCCCCCCGCAACGUGACUCUGCUGCAAGAGAGGGCAAAUAAGUUGGUGAAAUACCUCAUGAUCAAGGACUACAAGAAGAUCCCCAUCAAGCGCUCAGGACAGGGGCCCGACUGGCUGCCUUCCUUCCGCACGACUGGCCUUGGGGCUGCAGCCCUCGAGGCCCUGCUCAGCCCAGUCCCCUUCCCCACCUCUCCCCCUCCCGCAGACAUGGUGAAGGACGUCAUCCGAGAAUACGACGAACAUUUCCCCGAGAUCAUUGAACGAGCCACAUACACUCUGGAGAAGAAGUUUGGGAUCCACCUAAAGGAAAUUGACAAGGAGGAACACCUGUACAUUCUUGUCUGCACGCGGGAUUCUUCCGCUCGCCUCCUCGGGAAGACCAAGGACACUCCCCGGCUGAGUCUACUGUUGGUGAUUCUGGGUAUCGUUUUCAUGAAUGGCAACCGUGCCAGCGAGGCUGUCCUCUGGGAGGCACUCCGCAAGAUGGGACUUCGGCCUGGGGUGAGGCACCCUUUCCUUGGUGAUCUGCGGAAGCUCAUCACAGAUGACUUUGUGAAGCAGAAGUACCUGGAAUACAAGAAGAUCCCCAGCAGCAACCCACCAGAGUAUGAGUUCCUCUGGGGCCUGCGAGCCUGUCACGAGACCAGCAAGAUGAGGGUCCUGAGAUUCAUUGCCCAGAACCAGAACCGAGACCCCCGGGAAUGGAAGGCUCAUUUUCUGGAGGCUGUGGACGAUGCUUUCAAGACGAUGGACAUGGACAUGGCCGAGGAACAUGCCAGGGCCCAAAUGAGGGCCCAGAUGAACAUCGGAGACGAAGCUCUGAUUGGACGGUGGAGCUGGGACGACAUACAGGCCGAACUGCUGACCUGGGAUGAGGACGGGGAUUUUGGCGACGCCUGGGCCAGGAUCCCCUUUGCUUUCUGGGCCAGGUACCAUCAGUACAUCCUGAAUAGCAGCCGCACCAACAGGAGAGCCACAUGGAGAGCUGGUGUCAGUAGUGGUACCAACCCUGGGGCCAGUACCAGCAUCCUAGAUGGUCCCAGCACCAGUUCCACCAUCCGUACCAGAAAUGCCGCUAGAGCUGGUGCCAGCUUCUUCUCCUGGAUCCAGUAAGAUUGUCACGGGGACCUGAGACCCUCUGGGAGAGCUGUGGACCAGCUAGGUUAUUGUGGGUUCUGAUGUGUACAUGUUCCUUUUCGUUCCUCAUGUUGCAGACAGCGUUGAGGAGCUGCGGUGGUCGUCCUCACCCAGCCGGACGGCCUCCUCAGAGGCCCUCUCACCCAGCACUCUGGGCGCUUCUCCCUGUGCGUUGCAGGGAGUGUGAAGAUGAAGCUUCCCUUGUUCUUCUUGCUUUCCUCGUGUGCUUUUUCUUGUGUGUUCAUGGUUUUGGUAUCAGUGUUACAUUAAAGUUGCAAAUCAA